GUAUCAUAUUUCAGCCGCUCGUUCCUCAUCCUCAGAUAUGUAAGGCUUGUAAGCCUUCCAAGUUUCUGUGCAGUUCCUCUGGGAGAAGAACAUGGCUCUGAGCACAGUUUGUCCAGUCUCCUGUCGUCCUUCCCUCCAACCUCUUCAGUUCUUAAGACCCCCUUCAAUCGGAACCUCGUCCUCUCCCCUCUUCCACGGUCACCUGGACUCGAAAAGCUUCUUCCUUUGUCCUCUCUCUGUAUGUACGCAUCAUCAUCCAAUAUUAGCUUAUUCUGGAAGUAACGAUAGCAUUGAAACCGAGAGGUUGAAAUCCUGCUUACUCGACGACGACCUACUGAGGCGCAUCGUAGUGAAAAAGGAUGCUCAUCAAGCUAUUGAGAUGAUUGCCGAGGCGAAGACGAAUGUGAGCGGCGGUACUGUUGAGAAUGAUGAUUGCCGUCUGAUAAUUGAAGCGGCACUUGUUGAAAAGAAUGUUGAAUUGGCACUCUCUGUAUUCUACGCAAUGCUCUCUGGCCGUGCUCAAGGAAUGAAUGAGGUGGCAAAUCUUGAGAGGUGGGGUUGGGCUAGGCCGAAUGUGCAGACCUAUGCGUUGUUGGUUCGAGGAUUGGCAGCUUGCUUAAGAGUCGCGGAUGCAUUAGGGAUUAUAGGUCUGGUUUCUGGAGCAGGAGUUGCUUCAGAGGAUGAGGUGCCCUUUGGAAUGAUAGUCCAAUGCCCAAUUUGUAUGUUAGCAAUUGCUGUUGCACAACCUCAACAUGGUGUUCAGGUUGCAUCUUGCUCUAAGUGCCGCUAUCAGUACGAGCUUGUGUCGGGAGAUAUACUUAGCAUUGCUUCAGAAGUGACGAGCAUGGAUGCUUCAGCAUGGGAGAAGGCUUUGAGACUCCUACGAGUAAAAAGAGACAGCAAUCCUGCUGCCAUCCACUCAAUUGUGGUGCGCACACCUUCCGGAAUAGCCUCCACAAAUAAAUUUGCCACCAAGACCGUAGAGCUUCCUGCUCAAGAAGGGGAAAGAGUGACAAUUGUAUUGGCUGCUCCAGCGAACAUCUAUCAGGAGAUUGGUCCAUUAAAAUUGAUUGCUAAGCCUCCUGAACUCAGACCAGGGGAGCCCAUGUCUCUCACAAACCACACUACCGGGCAAGUGUCACAGUUACUAAGAGCUCCUUUUAGUGAGAACUCUUUUCUGUCGAACCCGUCAAUUCUCUUUACUUCACUUGCUGUUCUUGCUAGUGGAGAUGCUGCUUCUGGUUUCAUUGAUCCCAGCCUUCCCAGACUCAUUUCUGUAGUUGCUAUUGCAUCAUUGGCAGUGGGGACUACGGUGAACCGUGUAAUUCUUCCCCAGUUAAGUAAGCUUCCCAAGAGAAUCGUGGACAUAGUUAAUCUAAAACAGCUACUUUUAUCACAAUAUGACCUGCUAAAGUCUAGGAUCAAGGACCUACGACAAGAAGCAGAAAAAGAGGUUUGGAUGCUUGCUCGCAUGUGCCAGUUAGAUAACAAGAUCAUUGCAGUAGGAGAACCAUCCUAUCGUGCUCGAAGAGCUAGAGUCAAAAAAGUUUGUGAGAGCUUAGAAAAAUCCAUCUCAGCGAGGAUUGAGUUAAUUGAUAGCUAUGCCAAAAUAGCUUCAAUGAUUGAAAUUGAAGUUGAAAUGGAUUCUGAUGUUCUUGCUGCUGAAGCCAUUAGUAAUGCGGAAAGCAUAGCAGAGCAGAUACAACAAAUCAUGGAGAUAGAAAAUCUUGAAGAGAGGUGGCGUAUACAAGCUGAGGCUAAUGACGAGGUGGAAAAACUGCUUAAUGCUCCCCAACCGUCAGCUGAACAACCCUAAAUAUUCUCCAGGUUCUUUGGAUAACUGUGAAGUUCUUUGAUUUAUUGAGGAAUACAUAACUACAAGAGAUGGAUUCUCAAUCAGGAUUAUGUGUUCCUGGCCAAACCUUAGAAACAGCAUGGCUUAAUGUUUUUCUGCUUCAAAGGCAAAUGCUGCUUAGUUUUGCAGAGAUGGCGGUAGAAACAGAGAAGUUUUCUUAUGCUCUUAAGCUUCAUCCAAUUUAAAAGCUUAUUACAGUUUAUUGCUCACAGGCAAUUCGCUCUGCUCUUAACCUUUCAGUAAGUGGUGCUUGUUAUAUUUAUUCCACAGUGAUGACAGUCCAGAUGUUUUAACAUCUUAGCUUAGUACUUAUGGAUGAUCAAUGAGCUCAUUCAGCAGCUUAAAAGCUGGAAUUAUUUUAAUUAUAUGGAAACCUCAGAUUGGUUCCAGUAGCCUAUAAUUAUUCAAAUUGUGAAAUAAGAUUAUGGAAAAUGAUUGCAUCAGAAUAUCCUUGUUAAAGUGUUUUUUU